AUGGAAUCGGGUGGCUCGAAGUCGAGCAACGAGCCAGCGGUGCUCUACUUCGACGAAGAUGGAGACACGCGACUGUCGUUGACCCGGUGCGAUCCCGAGCGCACAUACGUCGUUUCAUCAAAAGCCAUGUCUCUGGUGUGUUCGGCGUGGAAGAGUAUGCUUUCGCGCAACAACGGGUUCAAAGAGGGCACUCUGGUGGAAAGCAAUUGCGCUAUCCCGCUUCCAGACGACGACCCCGAAGCACUCGAGCUCCUGCUAAACAUUGCGCACAUGCGGUUCGAACGCAUUCCCAAGACUUUGACAUUUGAUGACCUCCUCGCUGUCGCUGACUUGACGGAGAAAUAUGGGGCGGUCAAGAUCCUUCGGCCAUGGCUCAAAGAUUGGCUCAAAGACAUCGAGCACCUGGUUAAGGAGCCUGGGUAUGAAGAGUGGCUCUUCAUCGCAUGGGCAUUCGGAGAGGAAGAAAUAUUCACCAGACUGUCGAAUCGUUUGGUCCGGGAGGUUCACCUCGUCAAGGACGGAGAAGAAUAUUAUUUCCACCGGGAAUUAUUGAGAACAUCCUCGAACAUCGGCUUCGUGCAAUCGAUGAAAUGCUUAGGUGUUGCUACUCCCACAUGGGCGAGUUCAUGA